CGGCUGCUCUGCCAGGCGGAUCUGCGAGCGGAGAACCUCCCGGAGCUCCCCCGGGGGCUGAAGGUGCUGAGCCACGAUGGGUUUGGCUGAGGACAAAGUGUACAUCCACAUUACGGGAAACCUCAAGAAGUUCGGCACUAUCCGAGUGGCGUCGCUGGCCAAUUCCCUGACCUGCCUGGUCGAUUCUGACAGAGAGGAACUCCUGGCCCGGGAGGAGACACGGGGCAACCAGGCAGCCGUGUUUAGGUUCUAUCAGCACCUGAGGUGCCGCAGGGGCUGGGUGCAGGAUCUCAUCCAGGCACUGCACCACAACAACGCAGGGCACUUGGCUGAUGAGCUGCAGGAAAUCUAUGAUGCCUGGCAACCUCGACCUCGUUCCUCAGCUCCUGCUGCUGCCCCCUCCCUUCCCAGUGAUGCCCAUCCCAGGCCCUCCUCCACCAGUGCCCAGACACCACCCCGGGGGCCAAAUUCUGCCCCGCUGGCUGGGCAGCCACGCCGAGACCUGGCCACUGGUGACCAUCCCCCUGUCCUGCCCAGCGCUGGCACCACCACGAGCACGGAGCUGGAGGCCAGAGUGCCUGUGCAGGAAUCGCUCCCCAAAAAACUCCCGGAGCCAGAGAGUCCCCAGCCGGUUCCACCUGGGAGCCAAGUCCAUGGCGAAGCGAGCGGCGGGCACAGCGCAGAGGGGAAUGUCUCCCACCCCGCCGGGGCCCUGCCAGUGUCACCAGGGACACCAGGGGUGGCUGUGCCACCAGCAGUGUCCCCAGAGCAGGGCCGGGACUGGCUGAGCCGCCGGCCGGUGUGUGUGGACAAUGGGUUUUUUGGGAAUGCCAACCACCUGCACCGCGGCGCGCCCGGCCUGGGCCUGGGCAGGGCUGCUCCAGCCAGGGAUGCGGGUGCCACUCACAGCCCUGGGCAGCCCAGGAACGAGCCCGAAGAGAGCUCAGAUGUCUUCACAGAGUCACCACCGAGCCUGGAGGGGGCCACUCGUGCUGUGCCCCCAAACCCAGUGCCCACAAAGCAGCCUGUGCCAAGCUGUGGGCAGGGUGAGCCCACGGGAAGCUUCGUGGAUGUGCGCAGCCCCCUCCUCAUCCAGGAGCAGUUUGAUGUGGAGAAGAAGCGGGUGGGGACGCUGCCACAGCACCCAGGGAGUGCAGGUGCUUCAGUGGAAACAGCUCCCCUGGGUGCCACCCCUGUGCCCAGAGCCACUGUCCCAUCCCGUGACAGCUCUGUGAAGUCUCUUACGCAAGAGAAGAAGCUGCCUGUUGGGAACAGAGCCAGCAGCACCCCCUGUGUGCCAGCCAAGGAGAAAGUGCUCCCGGCCUCGGCAGGCCCAGUCCUGGGCACAGCUGUGGUGGGUGGCUCCGAAGGCGCGGCUGGGAGAUCGGCUUUCCGGGUGAGCUCUGCCACGAGCAUCUGGGCACCUCAGAGUGAUGAGGAGAAGGAAGAGGAGCUCAGCAAACCAGAUGUCCUCAUGUCCACGCCUGGGGGCAGCCCAGAGGUGGCCAGCAGACACCCGAGCUCUCAGGAGCCCAGCAACCCCUCCAGCAGCCUUGGCCUCAGCAGCGACCCAAUCCUGGUGAGCAGGGAUAGCUUGAGCUCAGGAGCAGCGCUGCCCAGAGUCUCCUCAGUUCCUGCAGGCCCCAGAGCAAAGGAGGCACCUGGAGCAAGGAGAGACUCCUGUCCUGCUCCAGGCUGGGACAGCAGCUCCCUGGGCACCCACGAGCUCCGUGUGGAUCAUCACCCCAGCGUCCAUCUUGGAGCCGGCAGCCAUGGGGUCACUCCCCUUGGAAGCUCCGUGAAUUCCAGCUCUGGCAGUGCCACCAGCUCCCCUCAGGGCAGAGCCCCAAAGGGGGACAGCAGUGGCCUGUCCCUGCUGUACAUCCUGCCAGCUGUGGGUGUCAUUUCUGCCGUGGCGUUCGCCGUGUACGCCCGGCUGCGGAAAUAGCGGUGGGACACCCCGACAGUGACACAGCCAGGGGUUCCUCUGGCAGCAGGAUUUUGGCCAAUGCAUUUGAAGCCUGAAGAGCAGCAAAGGGCAGUAGGGGUGUUGUUAAAUCUUUUUCUGGAAGGUUCUGCUGGAAGAGGCCUUGGUACAUGAUGCUGUUGGGUUUGGGUCCGUUCCCUCCCGUUUCCCAGCCAUCUUCUUGGCUGUAGCCUUCUCUUUUUACAGCCCUCAGGGAGAAGAUCUUGCUCCAAAAUGUUCCAUUGAGUCAAAAAGGAAAGCACUUAUGGUGAUUCUCCGUGUCUUGGUUGGUCCCAGGAAUUCUCAGGGAAACUGGUGAUCCAAAGGGUGACCUCCAGGUCCUUUGUGCAAUGCAGCCAGGAGAGGUGGUGCAGGUAUCCUGUAACAGCAGAGCUGAUUUUCUUGGCUCUGCUCAUCUUGGCUUGAAAAUGUGCCCAAGGGUGGGUGCAGCAGCCUCCACUGGACAUCUCAUGUUCAGUUUGCCUUACUUGGUGUCUCUGGCUCUGCUGCUCCUUCUGGGAUUGUUUCAUGUAGUACUGACCCUGGGGAUAAACAUGAGGGUCAGGAAAGAGCUGCAUCUAACAAGCAUUAUCAAGGAUCAGCCUCUUUUCACCCCCUCCAGGCAGAGAAAGGGGUUUCUGAUUUAAGAGGAAUGUUUCAGGCAAUGCCAACUUCAAGCAGACUUGGUCCCACAGAAAGUUGCUGGGUGUCUUUGAUUUUAGGCUGGAUCUUUGGAGUUUGGAAGGGUGGAUGGAGUUCCUGAUACCUGUUGUUGUGGGGUAGGGGUAUAGGAACCUUCUGCCCAGGCUGGGACACAAACAGGAUCAACUGCAUGGAAGCCAUAGGAGAGUCUGAGAUGCUCUGGGCUGUGGGGAGACCUUGGAGCACCUUCCAGUGUCUAAAGGGCUUGGAUCAGACUGGUCCUGGGGGAGGUGUCCCUGCCCAUGGCAGAGGGCUGGGAUGGGAUGUUCAUUGAUGGCCCUUCCCACCCCAACCAUUCUGUGAUUCUAAAAUACAGUGAAGCAGGGAGGCAGCAACAGCUUGGAAUAAUGACAUUGCUCCAGGCUGCUCCAAGCCCUAUUCAGCUUGGCCUUGAACUGUUCCAGGGAUGGAGCAGCCACACCUGUGUCCGUGCCUCACCACCCUCACAGGGAAGAAUUUCUUCCCAGUAUCCCAUAUCCCUGCCCUCUGACAGUGGGAGCCAUUCCCCUUUGUGCUGUCCCUCCAGGUCCUUGUCCAAAGUCCUUCUCCAGCUCUCUUGUAGCCCUUUUAAGUACUGGAAGGUGCUGGAAGGUCUCUCUGAGUGUUCUCCAGGCUGAGAACUCCCAGGUCUCCAGAGCAGAGGGCUCAGUCCUGUGGCCUCGCUGCAGCAGCUUCACAUCCUUAUGUUGGACACAGCACUGCAGGUGGGCUCUCAGCAGAGCAGAGCAGAGGAGCAGAAUCACUUCCCUCAUCCCACUAACUUGUUCAUGCUAAAUGAGUUCCCAAAAUCCUCUCUUCCUGCUGGCAGGGAGCUCAGCCCAUCACACCCAGAGCUUGGCCUGUGGUGGGAAAGGUCACUCAGCCCUCAGUGGCUGCUCCUCCCUCCCCAUAGUUCCCUUCUGCCCAGAAAUCCAGGAAGUGCCUCCAUGAACCAAGGCCAGCCAGUAGAUGUAGGAGGGAGGUGCUGCUGUGCUGUGUCAGGGCUGCUUUCCAGAACAGCUCCAGGUGUUCAUUCCUUGCUCAGUGCCUGCUGAAGGAGGGAGGGACAAUCCUUUAAACACACCCAGCCCCCUCUGCCAGGAGAGGGAUGUGGGGCUGCUCUUCCCAUCACAGAUUAAAUGGUUUUCACUCCCUGACAGGAGGGCCUUGCCUUCUGCACACUUUCUGUAAUUCAGGGCAGAUCCAUGAGAUCCCAAACCAGCCUCAUCCAUACCAAGGCUCUCUUCUCUGAUGCUUUACUUGCCUGUGCAAUUCUUCCCAUGUUUUCCCAUACAUUUAAGCAACAGCUUGUAUGCUUUGCCUUUUCAUGUUGGGUUCCUCUUGUGGAACAGCUGGUUUGUCACCACCUCACACUGGGGAAAGCAGUUCAGAUUGCUGCUGUGAAGUGCCAGGAUUUUCACAGUUGUUAUGUAGCACUUUAAAGCCUCAUUGGCAGGAGAUGGUGCAGGAGGGAGCUGUGUCCCAGCACAUCUUUUACUAACAGGCUAAAAAGCCUUUUACUAACUAUAAUAAUAAAUUGGUUUGAUGCUUCA